CCUAGUUGACAGGCUCUGAGGUGCUGCUGUGGCGCCGGCCGCGGGGCAGAGCGGGCGGGCUGAGGGAGGAGGGCGGCGACUGGGCGAGUGGCUAGCGGCUCGGGGCUAAAAGAGCCUUUGCACUUUUCCCUCCCGAGUGCCCCCUCCAUCCCCCCAACCACUCCACACACCCUGUUUGCCCGUGAGCCUGGGGAACUUGCAGCUUAAAGCCAGCCACCCCCACGGCAGCAUGUACCCCAGCAACAAGAAGAAAAAGGUGUGGAGAGAGGAGAAAGAACGUUUGCUGAAGAUGACCUUAGAGGAGAGACGCAAAGAAUACCUAAGAGACUAUGUUCCUCUGAGCACCAUCCUGUCCUGGAAGGAGGAGAUGAAGAGCAAGGGCCAAAAUGAUGAAGAAAAUACUCAGGAAACACCACAGAUGAAGAAAAGCUUGAGUGAAAAGGUUUCCCUCUACAGAGGUGACAUCACGUUGCUAGAGGUAGAUGCAAUAGUCAAUGCGGCAAAUGCCAGUCUUCUCGGAGGAGGUGGUGUGGAUGGCUGUAUUCACAGAGCCGCUGGCCCCUGCUUGUUAGCUGAGUGUCGGAACCUGAAUGGCUGUGAGACUGGGCACGCAAAAAUCACAUGCGGCUAUGACCUCCCUGCAAAGUAUGUCAUCCAUACUGUAGGACCCAUAGCCAGAGGUCACAUUAAUGGUUCCCACAAGGAAGACCUUGCUAAUUGCUAUCAAUCAUCUUUGAAGCUGGUGAAAGAACAUAACCUCCGAUCAGUUGCAUUUCCCUGCAUUUCAACAGGCAUUUAUGGUUUUCCCAAUGAGCCUGCUGCAGUCAUUGCCCUGGGUACGAUUAAGGAAUGGCUGGCCAAGAACCAUCAGGAGGUGGAUCGAAUCAUCUUCUGCGUCUUCCUAGAAGUUGACUUCAAAAUCUACAAAAAGAAAAUGAGCGAGUUCUUUCCUGUUGAUGAUAACAAUGAAGGAGCAGCAGAUGCUGACAUGAAAGAAGAUGCAGAAGGGCUAGAGCCUAAAGGCCUUUCUCCACCCCACAAGAAGAGUAAAGCGAAGAAACCAGAAAGUUCAAAAGACUCCAGUGAAGAUGAAAGUGGUCCAGAGGAAAAGCAAACUGCGGAAGAAAUGGAAGGGCAGAGCCAAGAAGCAGAUGGUGUCAACACCACGCCUGUGCCCAGCCCUGCUUCUGAAGACAAAGCUGAAGUCCAUAAAGACGAAGCAGAUUCUGCAAAGGAUGACAAUACUAUAAAAGACAGUGAUGUGGCCAAUUAUUCUGUGUGUGACCAAGAACUUCCCAAUGGUCAACAGAAGGACUCAACAAAGAAGGAAGGGAAAACUGAGCCAGAGUCCCCACGCUCACCUAUGGACACAGAAGACCUUUCACCAAAUCAAGAAGAUGCCACGAUUGUGGAGCAACCAGAAGUGAUUCCCCUGACAGAUGACCCAGAAGCGGGGGAAGGUGGAGAAGCUCCAGGUGAGGAUGCUGUGUUUGCAGAAAGCCAAGGUUCCAGCAACACAGAAGGCACUACAGCUCCUGAUGUGGAGAUGAACAGUGAGGUUGACGGUGUAGAUGAGCCAACAGAAAGUGUGCAAGAAGAGCUCCAAUAGGGCCACAAGAUGAAGCAAAGGAACAAAGAACUGAAGGGAAAUGACACCCUCAGCAUUGCAAGGCCUGGCCCUGGGGGACUUGGGAAGAUGAUAGUGUGUGCUGUGGAAGAGGGUGGGGGAGGGGGGAAGGCAAGUUCACAGAAGAAAAGGGGUCCU